UGUAAGCUGUCUUGAAUGGACCUCGGAAGCUCGAUGCUUCACUACAAAUAUCCACCCAAGUUUCCCUAAACCUUUGUGUAAAACCCACAUCCUGAAUCUACCACUCAGAACCUUGCUUCGAUAAUGGCUUCUACAUUCCGUCAACUCCUUGGUGUCCCACCCUCAACAGCCUCCCCCACCGAUUCGGCUCUCCUUAUCAUCGAUGCUCAAAACGAAUACGCCUCUGGCAACUUGAAGGUCACCAAUGCCGAAGCUAGUGGCAAGGUCAUCGCUUCACUGCUCGAGAAGUAUCGAGCCGCCAACGGCAAAAUCGUACACAUCCUCCACAAGACUCCUGAGGGUGCUCCGAUCUUCACUCCCAACACGCCGUUGGCCGAAGAAUUCGACUCUCUGAAAGCCAAAGAUGGCGAGGAGCUAAUCUGGAAGCUUCAUCCGGGAUCUUUUGCUGAGACAAACCUUGAAGAGCUGUUGAAGGGCUGGGGUAUCAACAAGCUCGUUCUGACCGGCUACAUGGCACAUGUAUGUGUUAGCACCACAGCCAGACAGGCUAGCCAGAGGGGUUAUGAUGUGCUUGUUGUCGAGGACGGAAUUGGUGAUCGCGAUCUUCCUGAUAUCAAGGGAGACGAGCUUACAAGAGUUGUAUUGGCUGAGUUGGGCGAUAUCUUUGCUACUGUUGUGAAGAGUGAGGAGAUUAAAUAGACUAAAUUCAAUG